AUGGGUAAAGCGACGACCGGGAGGAGGCUAUGAAGACUGCUUCUUUAUCACUCCAAAUAAGAAAAAGAAGCUAUGAUCUUGGUUCCGGGGAGAAUUUGUUUUUCGCACUCUCCCCUCGACCACUCUCUCUGCCCCUCGCUUCCAUCUUCUUCUUCUUCACUACUCUCCUCUCACUCUGUCUUCUUCUACUCUUUCCCCAGAAAUGAACGCCUCGCCAGGAAGAACAGGACCGCCGUGGCUUGUACUAUGCACGAUAAUCCAGACAAUAAUCUCUUCUGCAAAAGGAGGGCCAUUCUUUUCGUGGGCAUUUCAGUCCUUCCGCUUCUUCGUUGGAAGGCUAGAGCUCUUGAGGGCUUGCCAACAGAAGAACCUGAAAUGAGGGUGAUAGAGCAGAAGCAAGAGGCAGAGAAAGCAAUUCAAGUGAAGGCACCACCAAAUUCCUCUCUUUCUAUUCUGAAUGGACUUGGAAUAUUCAGUUCUGGUGUGCUGGGUUCGCUGUAUGCAUUGGCUAGGAAGGAAAAUGUUGCUAAUGAAGCAAUGAUGCAGUCCAUGAAAAAUAAACUGGAUGAAAAGGAAGCGACCAUUGUUUCACUAGAGAAGAACUUCGAGUCAAAGAUUCUAAAUGAGAAGGAAGAACGAAACAAAGAGCUAAAGAAGGCAAAUGAAGAGAAGCAGUCUUUGCUGAACCAAUUAAAAUUGGCAAAUAGUACUAUAACAGGAUUAGGACAUGAGCUACAAAGUGAGAAAAGAUCAGUGGAGGAUCUCCAUGUCCAACUAGAGAAUCUUCAAACCGACCUCAUAGAGGUCGAGGAAGAUAAGAAGGAACUAGAAGAAAAGCUCAAGGAGAAGCUUGAUUCAAUUGAAGUCUUGGAAGAAAGGAUAGACUUGCUUAGUUCAGAGAUCAAGGAUAAAGAAUAUCAUUUUCGUGAUCUCAAUUCCAAGUUUGCUGAUAAAGAAUCAGAACUUAUUAAAUUGAGUUCUACCUAUGAGAAAACCAAGGAUGAAUUGACAGUGGCAAAUUCAGAGAUUGAAAGAUUGAAGGAGGAACUUUUAGAAAGCAAAAGGGAAUCAGAACUGAAGAAAGCUGUGGUGGAUGAUUUGAAUGCUCGGGUAAGUGCUUUAGUUUUUCAGAAAGAUGACUUAAAUCAGAAGUUUGAUACUAUUCAGAAGGAUUACUAUGAUAUGAAGUCACAAGCUGAAGAAAGAACAGCUGCUGAUGCCAAAUUAUUGGAAGAAAGAGACCGUGAACUUUACCAGCUCAAGGAAAAGAUUGAUCUCGCUUCAAAUGAAGCGAGCAGAAACAAAGCAUUAGUUGCUGAUUUGACCCAGGAAAGGGAUGAUUUGAGGAAAUGGCUGGAUGUAGAGUUGAAAGGUAUUAGUAGUUUGAAACAUGAGAUCCAAAUUACGGAGGAAAAUCUUGGAAAAUCAAGAAAGGAGGUUUCUGAUCUGACAGAACAGUUAGACCAAUCAAGAAGCCUGUGCUUAGGCCUUGAAGCUGAGAUUUCUAAGGUUCAAGCUGAGUUUGGCGAAGCUAGAAGGUCAUUCCGUGCAAGCCUUGAUGAGGCAAAACACAGUGCAGAGGUGUUAGCUGGCGAGCUCACAUCAGUUAGAGAGGCUCUUAAAAACACUGAAGACGAGCUCCAGACCGUGUCCCACGAACUGGCAACUGCAGUAGAAAACCGUAACAGCCUACAGAAGGAGAUGGUCGAAGCCUACAGGAAAGCUGAAAGUGCGGCCAAUGAUUUAAAAGAAGAAAGGAAGGCUGUAGCUUCUUUGAGUAAAGAAGUAAAAGCUUUGGAGAAACAUAUCUUAAACAACAAAGAAUCUCGAAAAUCCCUUGAAACGGAUUUGGAGGAGGCUACCAAGUCACUUGACGAAAUGAAUCAAAAUAUAGUGCUGCUUUCGAGGGACCUAGAGAUUGCUAAAUCACAGAUUUCUGGCCUGGAAGAUGAGAGAGACUUGCUCUGCAAGUCCCUCGCUGACCAGAAGCAAGCCUCUCAAGAAGCCCGGGAAAACUUGGAGGACGCGCAUAACCUCGUCAUGAGGGUCGGAAAGGAAAAGGAGGGUUUGGAGAAGAAAGCACAGAAGCUGGAAGAGGAAUUGGCAUCGGCGAAGGGCGAGAUCCUGCGACUGAGGACUCAAAUGAAUUCAUCUGCAGCAGCAGCAGCAGCCCAUGUAAUGGAUGGAGGCAAUGCUACAGUGCCUGUGAAGAGAAGUAGGAGGAGGAGAAAGGCAGCUCCAGAGCAAGAUAAUUCAUAGUACAUCAACUUGCUUGCCCCCCACUUUAUAUUUUGUUCUUUCAAUCUAUCUACUAAGAUGGUAUUAUUCUUGAAAAAGUUUUUAAUGCUUGAUGGAUA